AUGUAGGUUGUUCAUUAGCAGAGCAGACUUUGUUCGCCACAAUUUAAUUAGAGCAAUUAAAGUGGCGGCGAAAAGAUCGGAUCAGUAAGGGUAUUUGCUUUGGAGUGGCUGAUCUCUUGAUGCCUCCAAAUAAAUCGCAGGCGGGAGUGCAGGAAAUAUCCGUGCGCUUAUUUUAAUCAUGACAUUAAGUUUUUCGUCCUUCUCCAUUAAAGACAUCCUCAACGGACGGGAUGCCCAGGGAAAGCCCGGUGCCAGGGACACGGAGGAGCUCUCCGCAACAAAGCUAAACAUCUACACCGAGCGUGAUGGUACGAGAGUCCCUGAUCUGUCUCAUCAAGACGCAGGUGAUAACUGCAUCCACUCGGAGAGACUUCCUGUUGAUCUCAGCCUGUCUGUUGGAAACCUCCGAUCUGAUACCGGCAGCGAGGAGUCCACAGGAGAGGAGACAAAGCACAGAGCAGACACUACAGACCAGCAGACACGCUUUGAGGAGCGAGAUAAACUGCAGAAGAACGAGGGGGAGGAGGCGGAGAGAUAUCACCACAGCGAGGAGACAGUCAGCGGUUCAUCCGAUGAGCGGCAGCCCAGGCCCGGUACCAAGAAGCGCUCCAGGGCGGCCUUCUCUCACACACAGGUCUACGAGCUGGAGCGCCGCUUCAGCACGCAGCGAUACCUUUCGGGUCCUGAACGGGCUGAACUGGCAGAAGCUCUAAAACUCACAGAGACCCAGGUGAAGAUCUGGUUCCAGAACCGGAGAUAUAAAACCAAACGGCGUCAGAUGGCUGCCGAGCUGGCUGGUUACGGCUCACCUAAGAAAGUAGCAGUAAAAGUGCUGGUGACGGACAAUCACACACCGUACCAUCAGGCAAAUGGAGUACACAUCCCAGUGACUGUGCCACUGUACCAGACCUACCAGUACCCCUACCUGCACUACUGCUGCCAGCCCUGGAUCAGGAACAGCAUGUCGUGUGGAGGGAUGGUCUGAGGCCCUCUCUUACCUGGAGAGAAUACAUGACUUGAACCUGUCUAGAUGUUAGCAGCUGCCUGUACAGUCCCAGUAUCCUGACACAGUUCUGUGUGCUGUCAAACUGACUGAGAUUGUACAGUUUUAUUUUCUGUUGUGGUUAUUUUUUGUUAUUUCUUGGUCUUAACUAGAAGUCAUUUUAGCAUACUUUUAUUUUGAAGUUGACCUGGUAUUUAGGGUUCAUAAAAUGCAGAAAGGAAAUAAAAUGAAAGCAUAAAUAAAAUAUUUAAAUGUUAGCCAGCAGUGAUCAGCGUGGGAUUUUGGUAUGCGAGGCGAGAUUGGAGUGUGGUUAUUAUUUUGUAAUGACUUACAACAAUAAUAAUAAUAAUUUAAACUCUAAAUAUUGUUGAAUUGUUCUUUUAUAUUUUAUAUAACCCUAUAUAUGAAGGCCUGCACAUAAGUGCUAAGGGACUGUACACAAGUUAUUGGAGAGAAGGUGGUAUUUAUAUGCAUUUCUUCUAUUUGCUGAAGCCAACAAGGUCUUAUAUAUUUCGGGGAUGAAUCAGAUCAUGACAAAUGAUGGUUUUAGUGUGCAAAAUCUGUCAUAAAGGUGCUUUUUGAUAUAUACAGAAGACAAUGAUGCCUUCUCUGUUUCAGGGAUUUAUUCACUCAGUGUCAUUUCUACCAAAAGUCAUUCAAUUUUU